AUGAGAUUGAUGGAUAAGGAAGGAAGAGGUAUCGAGUUAGACAAUGUUCAUGUCUUUUGGAGAACUCUUCAUAUGGAAGGUACUUCUUAUUCUUCUGAUGAUCACCAAACACAAUUCCAAUAUGAUGAUGAGAUUUUAUGGUAUUACUUUGAUUUGAUGCUGAAACAAUCAUCAGAAGUGAAAAAAAUGUAUAUAUCUCAACUAAAAAAGAUGAUACACCCAGAAUCAGUUACAUUGGAAGAGCCUAUUAGUGAUCGAAAAAGCAAAGGUCGCCCGACAUCUAGGAGUUCCACAAAAAGAGAUCCUUCGUACUUCGAGCAUGUUGACAAAAAGUUUAAAUCAAGUAAUAAGAGUAAAACUUCGAUGAGAGAAGAAUACAUACCUUCAGAAAUUCCACAUUUUAUCGUUCCUUAUAUUCAUGAAUACGUGAAUGUUCUUGGGGAUGGUAAUUGUGGGUAUAGAUCAGUGGCUCAUCAAAUUUAUGGGUCAGAGGACCAGUGGAGAAGGGUGCGUAUGGAUUUAUAUGAUUUCAUAGAGAGACGUAUAGACUUUUGGGCAAAAGUAUGGCAUAAAAGUAUAGAAGAAGCAUGGAUUACGCUACGCAAGGUUAAUUACUGUGAAAGUCCUUGUCCAGUGGAAUAUUGGAUGUCUAUGGAUGAAAUGGGUCCAGUAAUUGCGACUAUGUAUAAUGUGAUAUUAGUUGGUUUACACCCGAUAGAACUAAAAUUUGGUAAUUUGACAUAUUUGCCGUUAUAUGUUCCAGAAGGCAUUGUUCGUCCAGAAAAAUUAAUCUGCAUUGCCUUUCUAAGAAAAUCUAAUCACUUUGUUUCGAUUUCUUUGAUGGAUAAUUGCCCUAUUCCAGUGGUUUAUGGAUUUUGGACCAGAUUUCGUGAAGAUUCUGUACAGGGAUGGGACACUCCUUUGAUGUCUAGGAUUGAGAACUGGAAAUUGAUAUGUGGCUAG